CCCUCUCCAUUUCUCCUAUAAAUCUCUCUCGCACCAAAUCCAAACCCCACACCACACCACACCACACCACUUCAAAAAUCAAAAUGCAACAAGCAAUCCCUUACAAACCAUGGACGAUUCACUCCGCCCUAUCUCAGCCGCUAAACCACCACCAGACCACCCAAUUUCACGGAUCUGCAAAAGGCGCUGUCAGAGACGCCGUGUCGGAAAACGCCGUCAUCGUCUUGGCUCGUCGUGGAUGCUGUAUGAGUCAUGUGGUGAAGCGGUUGCUUAACGGCCACGGUGUGAAUCCUAGCGUGUUUGAGUUUGAUGAAGGGGAGGAGAAUGAUGUCGUGAAGGAACUUGAGAUGAUCGAGGCGGAAAACGACGGUAAGGAUAGCCGGAGUUUACAGUUUCCGGCGGUGUUCAUCGGUGGGCGGAUAUUCGGUGGAUUAGAUCGGGUGAUGGCGACGCAUAUCACCGGUGAAUUGAUCCCCGUGCUUAAACAAGCCGGUGCUUUAUGGCUUUGAUUUUGUCGACUUAAGUUUUGUUAGAUUUGUUUUUUUUUAUGUAAUUAAUUUAGCGAAUGUUGAUUUUCUUUUUCUUUU